CGAUGACUCUACAAAGAGGAUGUCACUUGGCUGCUGUUCCUCCUGCUACCGAUUUUCUAUUAACUCGCAGUCAACCUUGAUCUGUGUAUUACCAUCGAUUCUUCAAACAGCUCGGAGUACUUUGAAGGACCCGUUUGCAACCCAUACCAGAAAAUCUGCAUUGAGGCGCUGGCAGUCAUAUCCCAAGAGUGGCCCUCUCAAGAUUUACAGCACAUCAUCCCGACCGAUCUCCAGCAUCAUGGCAGACGUCGGUGAAAAAUUUUCAUCAUUGACGCUGGACGAGAUGUCCAAAGCGCAAAAUCCCGUCAACCUGUACCGACGCAACAUAGCGGAGCGAUUAGCGUCCAUCAUUGACCGAAAAGCCGAGGAAAUCGUCCCCUUGCUAGCAUGGACGACGACUCUAGACAAAGGAGACUUGCAGUUGCCAGUUGCAGCGCUGCGGAUCAAGGGCAAGCCGCCGCAGGAUCUGGCCAAGGAGAUCGCCGACGCAUUCCCGUCCAGUGCUGAGGACACGCACGCGACGGCCAUGAACUCUGGUCCCUUCGUGCAGUUCUUCUUCAAGCCGGACCACGUCACGAAAUUUGUGAUUCCGGAGAUUCUCAAGACUACCAAGGCGUACGGGUCUGAUCCGACGCCUGGUCUGAAAGAUCCCAAGGAUCCAUCAAAGGGCCAGAAGAGGGUUGUGGUCGAGUUCUCGUCGCCCAACAUUGCCAAGGAGUUUCACGCUGGUCAUCUCCGAAGUACGAUUAUUGGAGGCUUCAUUUCGAAACUGUAUGCCAGGACAGGCUGGGAUGUCAUCCGGAUGAAUUACCUGGGCGAUUGGGGCAAGCAGUACGGGCUUCUCGCCAAUGGAUUCAAGCAGUUCGGCAGUCAAGAAGAACUGGACAAGAACUCCAUCGCGCAUCUGUUUCAGGUUUACGUGAAGAUCAAUCAGAUCAAGUCCGACCAGGACGGACCGAUUAAUGAACUGAAGAAAGAAAUCAAGGAGAAAAAGGCCAAGGGCGAGGACGUGACGGAGCUUGAGGAGAAACUCGCGCCUAUGGUCGAGGCCAGUGAGGACGAGAAGGCUCGAAAAUACUUCAAGAGUAUGGAGGACGGCGACCCGGAAGCCCUCGCCUUGUGGCAGAAGUUCCGAGACAUGAGUAUUGAGAAAUACAAGAAAACCUACGCACGGUUAAACAUCGAGUUUGACGUCUACUCGGGUGAAUCCCAAGUCAAACAAGAGACUAUCAAGAAAGUGCUGGACGAUCUUCUGGCCAAGAAAAUCGCGGAAGAGUCAGAAGGUGCCAUUCUCAUUGAUUUCGCAAAGCACGGUGCCAAGAAGCUCAACAAAGCCAUUAUCGUGCGCAGAGACGGUACCCCGCUGUACCUGACACGAGAUCUGGCGGCGAUCCUUGAACGUUACGAGACCUACCAUUUCGACAAGAUGAUCUACGUGAUUGCUGACCAGCAGAAUGAGCACGUCGCCCAAUUGUUCAAGACGACCGAGAUCAGUGGUCACAAGGAGAUCUCGGACAAAUGCGAGCACAUCUCCUUCGGCAUGGUCAAGGGCAUGAGCACGCGAAAGGGCACAGUCAAGUUCUUGGACGAUGUGAUCAAUUCGGUCAAGGACGUCAUGCUGGAAGUGAUGAAGAAGAACGAAAAGAAAUACGAGCAGCUAGAGGAUCCAGAGGCCGUGGCCGACAUCCUUGCCAUCACGGCCAUCAUGGUACAGGAUUUGACGGGCAAGGUUCGCAACGGCUAUGAAUUCAACAUCAACCAGAUGACGGCUUUUGAGGGUGACACGGGCCCCUACUUACAGUAUGCUCAUGCACGACUGUGUUCCAUCGAGCGGAAAGCAAAUGUAGACCUGAGCAAACUGGAUUCUGCCGACCUAUCGUUGCUGAAAGAGCCGCAUGCGAUCAAUCUGGUGCGAGCACUAGCUCAAUAUCCCGACGUGGUCACCAACACACUCAAAACCCGUGAGCCGUCCACCGUGCUGACCUAUCUCUUCAAGAUGGCGCAUGCGUUGAGCUCAAGCUAUGAUCACUUACAGGUUGUGGGAAGCGAGCCCGAGCUGCAGAAGGCUCGGCUGGCUCUGUACGAGGCUGCCCGGCAGGUGCUCUGGAAUGGCAUGACCCUACUCGGCCUAACCCCGGUACAGAGGAUGUAGUGGCUUUCCGCUGGAUUGGCAGACAGCUCCAGGGAUGGUAUUUUGUGACAACAGGGGUGUUUGAGCAUUUUCAGCGGGAGAUUUCGGGACAAAAAGAAGAAUCACCCGAAGCCCAGGGUUCGACUUCUAAACCCUAUCGUUUGCCUUUUGCUCAUCCACCAUGACGGCUGGUCGGAUGAAAGCGAUGAAUGGGCGACAGGUCGUCGUAGUGAAGGGAGCAUGCUGGCAGACCUCGCAUUAGCUGCAGAAGUCGAGCUGGUCAGCUAGACUCUAAGGCUGCCCAGGCUGCUGCAGUAGGGUUACGCCCAUCGACGCCAUAACUUUCUUCUCCUUCUCCGCCUUUUUCUUUUUGCCUUGCCCCUCUCGAGGCUGGGUUGCAUUCAGUGCAGUGGUCAAGGUGUGCAUGGGUCGUAGUAUCUCGACUGAUGCUUUUGGGAUUGAUCAUCUUGAAAAGGGUGGGCUGUGCUUUGCUGCCUCAAGGGACUUUAGCAGCAAUACAAUCUGAACACUCGUUGAGCAACCUUGCCGUGUCGUGGGAAACAGUUUGAAUUGUGCUUGAACAGCGGCCGGUGACAGCGGCGGCGCAAGAAAGAAAUGGACCGGCCAGGCUAUUGAUGUUCGUGCUCAGCUAUUAGAUGAUAGACAACUGGAUUCUUCCUACAUAGUUAGAUACGGGACGACUUUCCGCCAUGGUGAGCCAUGGCUGGAUAACUGGGUGGAGGGGCAAGUAAGCAACUUCCACACGCAAACAAUGGGGACUUUGGUCCCUCUCGUCUCUUCACAAUGGAGGUAGUCAGCCAUGCUGAAUGUAGGCUCCCCGCGUGCUCCGGUCUCUAGCCACGCGGCCAGCUGUUGUAUCACCUUGCAUCCCCUAUCCGAAGCCGAAUCCCGGAUU